AUGUUCCAAGAGACGACGGUGGGACAGAACUGGACUGUUACACCAGGAAACAAUGGUUCGAUCGUAGCUUCUGUUGCAUUACCAGACCAUUGUAUAGCUGGUUCGACUGAUGCUACUGAAGCUCACGAUUUGACUGUUGUUUCUAAUGCAUUGGUAUCCGGAAGUGCGCUAUCUGCUUCUGUUAGCGUGUCUACUAUUUUUAUAUUUGAUAAUCAAGAAAAAUUAUUUUAUGAUGAAAUUGAUAAGCAUUUCAAUACCUUAAAUGAAAAAUUUCGACAAAAAGCUGUUAUUAAAAAAGACAUAUUUGAUAGUAUUCUUAAAGUUUUACGUGCAGAGAAAGGUAAGAGUGUGGAAGGCGUGAAUGGUUCAUUUGUGUAUUGGAGUCGAAAGAAUUUCAUAUUACGGGAGAUAUCAGGUGUUGAAAUAGUAUGUUGUGUAAAAUUCAAACAACCGGUUUGUAAGUAUGAAUCGUUUUAUAAUAUUGUCAAUGAAAGUCAUGAGAAAAUUUCUCACGGAGGUCGGGACAAAACGUUAGCAGAAAUUUUAGCCCAUUAUUCGUGGAUACCCAAAAUUGUUGUAGAGAUCUAUCUGAAGUAUUGCAUAUCAUGCCAGAAUCAAAAACCCGUAAAAACACCCGUUGUAAGUAAGCCGAUACUAUCUCUUGGUGUCCUAACUCGUCUUCAGAUCGAUAUGCGUACUCGCCCUGAUUGUAUUUCUAGUGAUGUUGUGUAUCAAUGGAUAUUGCGUUGCACAGAUCAUUACUCAAAAUAUCCAUGGGCUUACCCGUUGGUUGAUAAAUCAGCGGGUGGUGCUGCCAAAAAAUUGCUUGAAUUAUUUUUUACAUUUGGUCCACAAAAACUAUUACAUUCGGAUAAUGGUGCCGCACAUAAAGUAGAACAAUACAAAGUAGGCGCUUGCGUAGGUAUUAAAAUUAGUGAAGUUGAUCGGACAAACAUUGAUGUUAAACUGCUACCAUGUUUAAUUCUUUCCAAGGAAAAAAAAGAUAAUGAUUUCAUUUUUAGAAUAGCAUGCAAAUUUGGUAAAUUUGCGAUCGCGUAUACGGUUGAAAGCUUGAUCGAUUUGCGAUAG